GCCGCCGCGCCGCUCCGGAGCCCGCUGCGGUCACGCUGCGCCCGGCGCCGCGGGGUGGGCGGCGAAGCACUCGCGAGGCGGACGCUGAGGGCUUCCGCGCGGGCCACCCGGGUCCAGCGCGCUCCGCCGGGAAACUUCUGCGGGCGCCGGGCUGGAGCUCCGGGCAGGGCCGGGAAGGAAAGGAAAUACCAAAAUAUUUGCAGACUGGAUCCAAAUCAGGAGCCCAGAUGAACUUAAAGAAGCGAGCAUGGGAUUCUUAGUUUUACAAGAUCCAUACACACGAAGCCUUUAAUCAGCAUCAACUUCAGUGUCUUUUUUCUCUGGUUUUGUGAAGACUGCGCAAAACUCUCACGAUGGAAAACCAAAGGACUUAGUUACCUGUUUCAGUGUCAUCUAAAGUCAACUGAAAAGUGAAGCAGGCAGUAAUACAGCCAUGGAAAGAAAUUCAAGUUUAUGGAAGAACCUAAUAGAUGAACACCCAAUCUGCACAACCUGGAAGCAAGAGGCCGAAGGAGCCAUUUAUCAUCUUGCCAGUAUUUUAUUUGUAGUAGGUUUCAUGGGUGGCAGUGGAUUCUUCGGGCUCCUUUACGUCUUCAGUUUGCUGGGGUUGGGUUUUCUCUGUUCUGCUGUCUGGGCUUGGGUAGAUGUCUGUGCAGCUGACAUAUUUUCCUGGAAUUUUGUACUGUUUGUCAUCUGCUUCAUGCAAUUUGUUCAUAUUGCAUAUCAAGUUCGCAGCAUAACCUUUGCCCGAGAAUUCCAAGUGUUGUACAGCUCCCUUUUCCAGCCCCUGGGGAUCUCUUUGCCUGUCUUCAGAACGAUUGCUUUGAGCUCUGAAGUGGUUACUUUGGAAAAGGAACACUGUUAUGCCAUGCAGGGGAAAACUUCCAUUGAUAAACUCUCCUUGCUUGUUUCAGGAAGGAUCAGAGUGACAGUUGAUGGCGAAUUUCUGCAUUACAUUUUCCCCCUUCAGUUCCUGGAUUCUCCUGAGUGGGAUUCACUGAGACCCACAGAGGAAGGCAUUUUUCAGGUAACCCUCACUGCAGAAACUGAUUGUCGAUAUGUGUCUUGGAGGAGAAAGAAAUUGUAUCUGCUCUUUGCUCAGCAUCGUUAUAUCUCCCGCCUGUUUUCAGUGCUAAUUGGCAGUGACAUUGCAGAUAAACUCUAUGCCUUGAAUGACAGGGUAUAUAUAGGAAAAAGAUAUCACUAUGAUAUUCGGCUACCCAACUUCUAUCAAAUGUCAAGUCCAGAAAUACGCAGAUCACCCCUGACACAACAUUUUCGGAAUUCCAGACGAUACUGUGAUAAAUGAUAUCAAAGUCUGAAAUUUAUAAGUAUAAAAAAAGACUCUCUCUUCAUCAUUCCCCAAAUGAAAUAGCAAAAUACAAAAAAAGAGCUCCCUAAUGUUUUUAUAAAUCAAAUUUAGAAGCGAGAUGCCAUUGCCAACUGUUUUAUUCCUUUCAACAACUACAUUGUGAAUAAACUUCUUUACAAAUUUU